UAUUAAGUCAUGCCAGCACUAUAAAUUAAAUGUAAUCUCCUUCGUUUCAUUCAAUUUCUUAAAAACACAAAAAAAUCUAGCUAACUUCACUCAACUACCAUGGAAACAUGUUAUCUUCUUCUUCUUCUUCUGGUACAUGUGUUCUAUGUUCUUGUCUGUAAUUUGUCUGAAAAUGGAGCUCUCGCACAUUCAGCAAAGACUUCUAAUUUCUCAGUUACUGCAAUUCUAGUGUUCGGAGAUUCCACAGUAGAUCCCGGCAAUAAUAACUUCAUUAAAACCAUUUUUAAAGGUAAUUUUCCACCUUACGGACAAGAUUUUCCCAAUCAACUUCCCACCGGAAGGUUCAGCAAUGGCCGACUCACCACCGAUUUUAUAGCUUCGUAUAUCGGGUUGAAAGAUUAUGUGCCUCCAUAUUUGGACCCAAGUCUUAGCAUUGAAGAGCUAAAGAGCGGAGUCAGUUUUGCAUCGGCUGGCACCGGAUUCGAUCCUCUUACGCCACAAAUAAGUAAUGUGAUAGAAAUUCCAAAGCAAGUGGAGUAUCUAAAAGAGUACAAAAGAAGACUAGAAUCUGCCAUUGGAAAGCAAAGAACAAAAAAUCAUAUAAAUAAAGCAUUAUUUAUAGUAAGUGCAGCAACAAAUGAUUUUGUGGUCAAUUAUUUUACCCUUCCAAUUCGAAGAAAAACCUACUCCGUUUCAGGUUAUCAGCAAUUCGUCUUGCAUAAUAAUAUCAAACUUCUUCAGGAUUUGAUUAAUGAAGGAGCCAGAAAAAUAUUAGUAACUGGAUUAUCUCCAAUGGGUUGCCUGCCUAUAGUUAUCACCCUGUUCUCUCACAAUGCCAUUCUUGAACGUGGAUGUAUUGAAUCUAUAUCUUCUAUUGGAAGAGAAUACAAUCGAAUGCUCCAAAAUGAAGUUACAUUAUUGCAAAAUCGAUUUGCAAAUCUGGGUGUCAAAAUCUUGAUCUCGGAUUCAUAUGGACCGUUGACCAAGAUGAUCCAAGGUGAUGAAAGCUCUGAAUUUGACGAGGUAAAUAGCGGAUGCUGUGGAACGGGUUACCUAGAAGCAGGAAUAUUAUGCAAUCCAAAGUCGUAUGUAUGCCCUAAUCCAUCAAAAUAUGUAUUUUGGGAUUCUAUUCAUCCAACUGAGAAGACUUACUAUAAAAUUUUUCUGGCUACACGUUCUAAUAUUAUUUCUUUACUCAACCAUCCCUAGCUUCAUAAAUUCAUUGCUCCCAUGUAAUUUAUUUUCUUCCCUUUUUCAAAAGAAAAAAAAAGUUCUUUUGUUUAAAGAUUGAUGUAUACAGAAAUUAAAUAAAAUGUAUGUAUAAUGUAUUUACAGAAAAAUCUGCUGUAGUGAAAUUAAGUUUGAUGUU